AUGUUCAAAUUGGGAAUAUUGCUUGCCUGCUUGGUAUCGUCGGCUGUAUGCCCGCCGCCAAUGAGGCAACAAGCCGAAGCAGCACAAGCUCAAGAUUCAAACAGCAUUCAAGACACUCAGACAUCAACUCCUGGCAAUGAUAAUUCCCAACAAGCGCCACCGCAAACAGAUGAAGACAGAAAACCUAUUUACGAGUUUACGUACUCAAAAUACUUGGAGGAGGUCGUUCAAAUUUUGGAAAGCGAUCCCAAAUUCUAUGAACGAUUGCGCGGAAUGAAUGAAACCGACAUCAAGAAAGGAAAUAUUGCCGACCAUAUUGAUGAUCUUGAUUCAGCCGUGUUCGAUAAGCUUCAUAAAGCAAAAUUUGCGGAAAUUGAGAGGCUCCGGGAGCAAAUUGCAAAACAAAUUGAGGCUGACGGCGGAGCUCACAACGUAAAAAUGCCAGAGCAUUUAGAUGUGCAAAACUUCGAAAAAUUCCACAAAGAGGAUCUUAGAAAGCUUAUCCAGAAAACUGUUGCUGACAUGGAGGCUAUUGAUCAAGAAAGAAAGGAAAAAUUCAAACAAUAUAAGUUGCAAAAGAAGGCUGAAGAAGACCACAGAUUGGCUCAAAUGACACCGGAAGAGCGUGAGAAGGUUCGAAGAAAAGCCGAAGAAGCCAUGAAAAGGCAUAACCAACAUGAGAAUCUGAAGCACCCAGGAAGUCGCGAUCAGUUGGAGGAAGUUUGGGAAGAAAGUGACCACUUGGAAAAAGAUCAAUUCAAUCCAAGAACAUUCUUUGCUCUUCAUGACUUGAAUGGUGACGGAUAUUGGAACGACGCUGAACUUGAAGCGCUGUUUCAAAUCGAACUUGAAAAAAUGUACAAUGAAACUAAUCCUGAUGAUGAUCCAAAGGAAAGACUCGAAGAGAUGUAUCGAAUGCGUGAACACGUUUCAAAACAAAUGGAUACCAAUGGAGAUCGAUUGAUUUCCCUUCAAGAAUUCUUGGCUGACACUGAAGCCCAAACUCCAAAUAAAGACGAAGGAUGGAAAGAUCUCGGACAGGAGCAGAUUUACACUGAUGAGGAGCUACAAGCGUUUGAGAAAGAAUAUGCUGCUAAAAAUGGAUGGGGAGAGAACGCAUAUCUUGGAAAAGAGGUUGUGAUUCCACGUUCAGAUGAGCAACAUCCAGCACAAAACCAACAGCAACAAUAUCAACACCAACAACCACCCCAACAGCAGCAACAAGUUCCACCAGCCCAUCAACCUGUUCAUCCAGCUCAACAAGUUCAGCAACAACCGCCAGUGCAACAGCAAGCUCCCCCGCAACAACAACAACAACAACAACCACCGCAACAACCUCCACAGCAACAACCAGUUCAAAACGCGGUUCCCCAGAACAAUCUACCACCUGUACAUCAUGCUCCAAUUGAAGAUCACAAGAAGGAUUCCACUUAUGGAAUUUAA